GUACUCUCCCUCCCUCCCUCUCUCCUCUAUUUGUGUGCUGCGUCAUUAAGUAAAAAUCAUGGGUAUAGGCCCAGGUCGGUCGCCGUUACCAGGGGUCAAUUACCCUACUCUCUCUCUCUCUCUCUCUCUCUCUCUCUCUCUCUCUACAAUGUACAGUAUAUAUAUUCACUCUCUCUCGCAAACAAAUAUUACAGAGUUCCACAAACCAUCCUUUAUCACCUCCUUCUCUCUCUAGCCUAUAUAUUCAUCAAACCACAUCCUAUCUCUCCUCACCACUACCCACUGUACUGCUUCUCUAUACACAUAGCAACUCCGGAGUCACAUCAUUGGAGCAAAAAAGAAAAGAAAGAACAAUGACUGAGCCACCAAACUCGGAGACCGAGUCAAGUAGCUGCAACUCAUCCUCACCCACCCCACCCUCGCCGUCGCUCAACGCAGAGGGUUCGAACCAGAACAGGCCCAAAAGGACCAGAGAGAGCAAACACCCCGUCUACAGAGGGGUACGAAAGCGGGCCUGGGGUAAAUGGGUCUCCGAAAUCCGCGAGCCCAGAAAGAAGUCCAGAAUCUGGCUCGGAACCUUCUCGACGCCCGAAAUGGCCGCCCGGGCCCACGACGUGGCGGCCCUAUCCGUCAAGGGAAAAUCGGCCAUCCUAAACUUCCCCGAACUGGCGCAGCUCCUGCCCCGGCCCGCGACGUGCUCGCCACGUGACGUGCAGGAGGCGGCCGCGAAGGCCGCCUCCAUGGUCCACCUCGGCUCCACCGAGACGACGUCGUCGUCCGGGGAGGAGCUGAGCGAGAUAGUCGAGUUGCCGAGUUUGGAAGAGAGUUACGACUCGUCCGAGUUCGUGUUCGUGGACUCGGUGGACGUGGACGGUGGGUGGGUUUAUCCUCCGCAGUGGUUGCACGAUGAUUGUUAUGGGUACUUCGCACCUGAUCAAAUUUCGACGAUGGCAGAUAGUGUAAUUUCGGGAAGUUUCGAGACCUUUUUGUGGCAACAAUAAUAUAGUACAGUACUCCCUAGUGUGUGAGUUUAUUUUUUUUUUCCCUUGUCUCCCUCUCCGUUUUUUCUUUUGAUUACUGGCCCCAUUUUUGCUUUUGUUUUCCAUUUGGAGCACUUUUGACCUUUUUUUUUUUUGGUGUCUCAUAUUUUGAGAAGGGCUAAAUUCCAUUGUAACUUUCUUGUUUCUCAAAUUCUUAGUAAUAUUUCUCUCUCUA